AUGGUCCCUCCUAAUGACACACAGUUCCAUCCCUACUGUUUUCUCCUGCUGGGAAUUCCAGGGCUAGAAGAUGUGCAUAUGUGGAUUGGUUUUCCAUUUUGUGUUGUAUAUUUGACUGCCAUAUUGGGAAAUAUUGUAAUUCUUUAUGUGAUUCAGACUGAACGUAGUCUCCAUCAUCCCAUGUUCUACUUCCUGGCCAUUCUGUCAUCUAUUGACCUUGGCCUGUCCACAUCCACCAUCCCCAAGAUGCUUGGCAUCUUUUGGUUCAAUCUGAGAGAAAUCACUUUUGAGGGCUGCCUCAUCCAGAUGUUCUUCAUCCACCUAUGCACUGGCAUGGAGUCGGCUGUGCUCGUGGCCAUGGCCUGUGAUCGUUAUGUGGCCAUCUGUAACCCUCUUCGCUACACGUUGGUGCUGACAAAGAAGGUGGUAUCAGUUAUAGCAUUGAUCAUCCUCCUGAGACCCUUAGGCAUUACAAUCCCCUUUGUUCUGCUCAUCCUAAGAUUACCUUUCUGUGGACACCAAAUCAUCCCCCACACAUACUGUGAGCACAUGGGCAUUGCUCGCCUGUCCUGUGCCAGCAUAAAGGUCAACAUCAUCUACGGCUUAUGUGCCAUUUCUAUCCUGGUGUUUGACAUCAUAGCCAUUAUCAUCUCCUAUAUACAGAUUCUCCAUGUUGUUUUCAACCUACCUUCUAGGGAUGCCCAACUGAAGGCACUCAGCACUUGUGGCUCCCAUGUCUGUGUCAUGUUGGCCUUCUAUACUCCAGCAUUUUUCUCCUUCAUCACCCACCGGUUUGGCCAAAAUGUUCCUCAGUACAUCCACAUUCUUCUUGCCAACUUUUAUGUUGUCAUCCCACCUGCUCUCAACCCUGUUAUUUAUGGGGUCAGAACUAAGCAGAUAAGAGAAAGGAUAAUUAGAAUCAUGUUAGAAAAAAUAAGACAAGAGAAACAAUAA